AUGGCACCCUGGCCUAGGUUACUUAUUCUCUUAACAUUUUUCUCUAACACUUUCUCUUACACAUUCACCAUAAUCAACAACUGCCCUCAUACUAUAUGGCCUGGUACACUUGCUGGUUCAGGGAGCCCUAAACUAUCAACGACUGGAUUCCAGUUGGACUCAGGCCAAAGUGUCAGACUAACCACGGUACCAGGAUGGUCGGGACGAAUAUGGGCAAGGACGGGUUGCAAAUUUGAUGUCACAGGAGCUGGCAAAUGCCUAACUGGUGACUGUGGGGGAAAACUGGAAUGUGAUGGAAAUGGUGCAGCACCUCCUACCUCACUGUUUGAGAUAACACUCAACGGAGCCAAUGGACAAGAUUUCUACGAUGUCAGCAUGGUAGAUGGCUACAAUUUGCCGUUAGUGGCUCUACCACGAGGUGUAUCUGGUGGAGCCUGUAAUGCUACAGGAUGCGUGACUGAUAUCAACAGAGGUAAGAGUUCAAAAGUUGCCCUAGAGAACUUCAAGUGCUUGGUGAAGAAGGAAACCAGCGUGGUGUAG